GAUAACAUUCUUGGGACAAACAGUGAUAAAAUCCCGGGUGGAUUUUAACCAUCAGUCGUGUUAAAUCAACCAAGAAAUGAAGUUUUUAAUUCUGAUUCAGAUUUGUGCAGUCUUUGCUCAAAUCGCACCCAACAAUCGAGGUUAUUAUUGGAGGGACUACAAGUAUAAAAUUCCCGAAGAUGCAGUCUCUUGUGGUAAAGAUUCAACCGGGGGAGAAACUUAUAUCGGUCAAGCGUACGUCCACAUUGAUGGCAUUAUAGUCGCCCAGAUUUUUCCCGCUGCUAAAGAAAUUUUCGUUUCCUCUUAUGGCUUGAAAAAGGCGACAAUGGCUGUUAAAAUUUUGUGCUCGAAAAACAAGGAUAAGUUCGAGUGGUUGAGGACAAACUCAAAGUAUUUCCAUGUCAAUGUCACUGAUCGGAAUCCGGUAAUUGGGGGAUUUAAUCACAGAGAAUUGCAUAAAGGGAUGCUACAUAUCGGGCGAGUUGUGCAUCAUGUGGAGGCCCGGAUUGGAUCAGUCGAUGGUUUUUUAGAGAAUGCAAAAAUGAAUUACGUUCAUGGAACCACCAUUCAAACCGCGGAUGACUUUGAAGUACUUCUCUAUAAUACUAAGGACGAUUAUGAGAUAAAACUGUAA